AUGAUGACCAACCUGCUUCCUUUCUUGGCGGACCACGAACGUCUGAGGCUAAAAGUGGAGAAGAAGACAAGAAACAUUUUUAUUACGCAGCCCGAUGACUGCAGGAAAAGAGAAGAGAAUGUCAAUUACAUAGCAGUUGUAACUGAGCCUCCAAGCAGAAUCCUCGGAGUGGGCGUAAAUACGUUACAAAAGACUCUGGUUCUGAAGAAACAAGCCGAGCUGGACGAGGUGAACAACCUUCUUGUGCUCAAAAGAAAAGAAUUCAUGAGAAAUGUGGACGAGUUGGCUCAAAUGAGGACUGAACUGCAAAUAAAACAUCAGGAGGUGAAACACAAAGCAUUGAAGUUUGAAAGGUUUGUGAAUGACAAUGAAGCGAUACGGAGUCAAGCUGUGCAGCAGUACAAGGCAAUGCAGGAGCACAACGUGAUGAAGCAGCGCGAGUUGGAUGAAUUGACUAAACUGCUGCAACAACUUCGAGCCAGGAAGCACAUUUUAAAGGAAAGAUUAUCCAAAUAUAAAAUCUAUGAGGACUUUUUAAUGAAAACAUUGGAUUAUCUCCCUGACAGUCACCUUGAGACGGACUCUGAGUGUGCGGUCAUGCCCAUCCUCCGGCGCCACGAGACCCUGUGCUUCACCCACCAGCAGUUGCUGCAGCGUCUGGGCCGUGUGGAGGAGGAGGUCGAGCGCAGCAGGCGACAGCUGCACGCCAUGAAGCGAGGCCACAACAUGCACAAAUUGAUGGCCAGUAAAGAACUUCAUCAACUUCAGUGGGAGUUGGAGAGCCUUAGAGAGAAGAACAAGCAAGCAGAGAACAAACUCUUGAAGGAGCAAGAACAGUCUAGAAAGAAGGCUGAAGAAGUUGGAAGUUUAAUCCUGGCUAUCAACAACCUGGCAGAGCAGUGUUAUCUGCCAGCAUACGGACCUCUUGAAAAUAUGAGCGCAUCCAAAAGGAUGGACAUGGUGAAGGAGUACCUCAUGGACAAGACGGACACAGAAAAGAGAUUGAGAAAACUGAUGGAGUGUGCUUCCCAAACGACGAGUAAAACAGCUUUGACGGGCAUGAAAGUGAAGGCAUCUAUGAGCAGCUUUGGCAAUAAAAUGCAACUCAAAAGUCCAAGUAAAGUCAGUAAAACGAGCGAUCAAUCUAGUUGA